UUAAGUAAUUAAGCUUAUGUAUGAUUGAAUUAGCCAUUUAAUUACAUAUAGCUAGAUAGCAGGCUAGUUAGCGCCACAAGGUAGUUAGCCAACCGAGUCUAGUUCGUAUGCUUAUCGGGUUAUUUUAGCAAGCUAACCCAAAAUACAGCGUUUAGUCCAUAUUUGACUUAGCAUUAGCUAGCGAGCCUUACCUAACUGUGGAGUAGAAAGAGGGGCUGCUAGUGCAAAGCAGACGAAGGGUUAACGCGUGGCUGUGGAAACCUGAUGCUAAUGAAGUUCCUGGAAUGCCAUCAUCACAUCCUGACAUGGUGGUGGAGUGGGAGCCAGCUUGCUCAGUGUGGGUCUGGCGUGCACGCAAUCGGGCGUGAUGCGAGAUUCCCUGCAUUUCUUCACCGAGGAAAGCAAAUUGUGCAGGUGAUGCAAGAUGUUGUCAUCGGCGGUGUUGUUUCUCUUGCUCGCGUCAGUGCACGCUGACAUCUGCAGGGGGAAGACCUGCUCCCAGACCGGAGACCCGAGACCCUGCACGGAUGAUCACUGUCCCGGGAGCAGGACGUCCAGAUCGGUGAGGCACUCUCAUCACGCCACUGCCGCGGCGGUCCGUCCUGUAGCGUGCACCGACGAAGACUGCGUGAGACCCCCGGAAUCCAACAACCACACGCGGGAUUGCAAAGGCUUGGAGUGCAGGCUUCCACUCAGGAUCAGACCCAAGGUCCGAGCGAGGGCGUGCGUGGGAGAGAGCUGCGUGGAAGGGGCUGCUUCUGAGGAGAUCUCGCCGUCCGGAGCUGAGCAGUUCCUUCCGGUGCAUCUGGCCGACAGAGCCGCGCAGUUUCUGGGAGACUUCCCUGAGUUUGGAUAUCCGACGCCGGAAGUUGGUGGCGCGUCUUUGGGGGUCCAGCUCACCUGUGACGUCAAACCAGGUGAAAAUGAGGUCCCCUCAGAGGACGCCCUCAUCCUCCACCUCCAGCUGGCCAAAGGUCAAGAAAAGCUGGUGGAGGCCUUGCGAGCCCAGCAGGUUAUCAUCCGCGACCUGCAGCAGAAGCUCGCCGACCAGCAGGAAGCGCUCCUCUCCCAGCAACGCCACAUCCUGGAGCAGCAGGGGCGCAUGUAUGAGCAGAUGGACGCGGUCAAGGCGCAGUAUGGCCUCCUGCUGGACACCGUCAAGCAGGUGUCCUUCCGGGGCCUGCAGGGGGAGCUGCAGAGCUACUUUGAGAGCCACCUGGCGGGCCUCCAGAGCCAGGCACGUAGCCACCUGCAGAACGCCGUGCACAAAGCGGACGCCAAGGUGAUGGACAUCGUCGGCGAGGCACAUAUCCCUCAAUUGCUGAACGGCUGUCCCUCAGCCUGCGGGACGGACCACUUUUGUGAUUUUCAGCGAGAUCCUCCGCAGUGUGAGAAGUGCACCAUGUGUCCUCCUGGAUUCUUUCUUAUUUCAUCGUGCUCUUCUGCUUCGGACACCAUGUGCCAGGACCGAGAUGAAUGUCUGGAGUUACCAAACAUCUGCGGCGAGCGAGUGAAGUGUCUCAACACACCAGGAGGCUUCCGUUGUUUGGGAGUGACGGCAAGAGAAGCGGAGAAGGGUUUCUGUGGUCAUGACUACUUCUACAACCAGGAGCUUCAGGAGUGCCAAGCCUGCUCAGAUUGCGACGGACAUGCGGUCGUCGUUCCAUGCACGGCUGUGGCCGACUCUGUUUGUGCCUCGCCCUCAGAGGGCCGUCUCUCCCAGUCCUGGAGCGCCAACGUGGCGAUUCUAUCAAACAGGAAGUCCAAAGCCGAGGUCUUUGCUGGGCUUCAACUGAGUGUGCGAAGCAAGGAGAGCAGUUAUCUUCUGUCCAGCGAUGGCGGACAGGUGACGUUCCUGCAGCACGGCCUGCUGUGGCUGGAUCACAACUUAGCCGUAAAGCACAGCUGCAGGAACUUCCUUCAGGUAGGUUUGAGGUUCAAUUCCAGCCAGGAAGAGGAGGGUCAGGACUUGAGUGGCGUACGCAUCGAGCAGCCGGAAGGGAAGUACUUCCAGGGAGUUAGCGUGAGCGCCGGGCUGGAGGUGGAGCCUAAUGACACAAUGAGUGUCCUCCUGAGGAGUCCGAAUCAACACUGCAACCAGAGUAAGGACCUCCACAUCUACGACGUGGCGACGCCUACUUUUAGCCUACUCUGGUUGUCACAUGACACCGGCGCCGUCGCCAUGAGCGCAGAUAUGUCCCUACUAGCGCACUACCAGGCUAGCUACCGCCCAACAUUCCGUAUAACAACCGUCUCCGACCCCUACAUGGUCGGGCUGACCCACGAUAGCAGAGGCGUGCGUUUCACGGAAAGGGGCGUGGUCAAGUUUGUCCUCCAGCAGGCGCUCUACUCCAUGGGACACACCUGCAUUCGAGAUGGCUUUUUCCUCAUCGCGUACAUCAGCCACAACGGCACGGGCCAGGAAAUCGUGCAGGCCUUCAAGACGGGCGUCAACUACAGGGACACGUCCAUCACACUCUCCGGCGCCGUUGCGGUGACCGGCGGCGACACGCUCAGCUUCGAGAUCACGUCGCCGUCGCAGUGCAGCAUCCGCUACUUUGGCGACAGCACCGGCAUCAGCAUGCUCAGCCUCAUCUGGAUACCCUCGGCGGUCUCGUGUACUCUCACCGCCACCGUCGCCAAAGCGGGACAGCCUCUCGGAGCGGUUCGGAACAAGCCGCUCACUUUCCAGCAGGUUUCUCCUGAUUCGCCGCAGGUUCGCUUGGCCAGAUCUGGCGAGCCAAAGAAGAGCUUUGUGUUCCUGGAGCGGGGAACGGCGAAUGUCGCACUCAACCUGCGGCUCAUCCACUCAUGCAACAUCGUUAAAGUGACUUUGCAACGAAGCGGAAGGUCAGGUGGUCCCGUGGCUCAGCAGAUUUCAGGACACAUGCCAGAGGGGAGCGAGUGGGCCAGCGUGGGCUUGAGGGCCUCGUUCCAGGUGGAGAACGGCACCGCCGUCUAUGUCACUCUGGACUGCAUCCGUGGACGUAUCAACCAGAUUACACAUGAGGGCGGAACCAACAUUUCCAUCCUUUGGAUCGCUGCGUAAUUCCUUUAACCCUUAGAUGCAUAAGUGGGUCAAAAAUGACCCGGUCAGGUUGUUUUCUUGAAAUAUCUUCGGAAUUAAAAGAUUUUAUGAUUUCAUAUUCCAGGUAUUCCUCAAAAAACACGUUUUUGAUAUCAUGCCAUUCACAUUUUUAACUUGCCUUUCAUACAUUUUAAGAAAUUUUUGUUUUUGUGUUACUACCCCAACCUUCCAUAAGUGGGUCUAAAAUGACCCGGUCAGGUUGUUCUCUUGGAAUAUCUUUGUAAUUAAAUUUUUUUUAUCAUUUCAUAUUCCAGGUAUUCCUCAAAAAAUGUGUUUUUGAUAUCAUGCCAUUCAAAUUUUAACUUACCUUUUAAGAAAUGUUUGUUUUUGUGUUACUACCCCAACCUUCCAUAAGUGGGUAAAAAAAUGACCCGGUCGGGUUGUUUUCUUGAAAUAUCUUUGUAAUUAAAUUUUUUUAUCAUUUCAUAUUCCAGGUAUUCCUCAAAAAACACGUUUUUGAUAUCAUGCCAUUCACAUUUUUAACUUACCUUUUAUACAUUUUAAGAAUUUUUUGUUUUUGUGUUACUACCCCAACCUUCCAUAAGUGGGUCAAAAAUGACCUGGUCAGGUUGUUUUCUUGAAAUAUCUUUGUAAUUAAUUUUUUUAAUCGUUUCAUAUUCAAGGUAUUCCUCAAAAAACACGUUUUUGAUAUCAUGCCAUUCAAAUUUUUAACUUAAUUUUAUACAUUUUAAGAUAUUUUUGUGUUACGUGGGUCAAAAAUGACCUGGUCAGGUUGUUCUCUUGAAAUAUCUUUGUAAUUAAAAAUUGUUAUGAUUUCAUAUUCCAGGUAUUCCUCAAAAAACAUGCUUUUGAUAUCAUGCCAUUCACAUUUUUAACUUCCCUUUUACACAUUUUAAGAAUUUUUUUGUUUUUGUGUUUCUAUCCCAACCUUCCAUAAGUGGGUCAAAAAUGACUUGCAUGCAUUUUCUAUGGAAUCCAAUAGGGACGUUUGAUUCUUAUCAACUCCUAAAUAUAAUACUAAAUAUCAUCAAGUGAUUAUUCCUAACCAAAAUGGCAAAAUUGGCAUAAAAACGCAUUGAUUCUAGUAUGUCAUUUUUGACCCACUUAUGGAAGAGUGUAGGGUCCAGUUACUCAUGCAUCUAAGGGUUAAGACCGCUUCUUUUUUUGCACAAUUAGUGUCUAAAAUCUAUUUUUGUUCAUACUUUACUGUGAAAGUACUGCUUUUAGUACUUCAGCUGGUUGACCAGUGACCAAAUUUGUAUCUUGUAUGUACAUUUUGUCCUUCCUACUUAUGUAUUUUAAAUGUAUAUCCUUAAUAUCAUAUGUACUGUAUUUGUAUGCCAGUUAUACUGCUUUUAUAUUGUAUUUAUUUACCAAGCAAGUAUCCGCUUUUGUAUACUGUAUCUGUUCAGUCUGUUUAAAGAGAAAAUAAAAGAUUCUAUUUUUCACAAAGAAAGGCAUG